GCAUGUUCUGUCGUGACUCGACGCGCAAGGGACGCGACCCCGGAAGUGUUUUGUGGUGAAGGCGAGAGUGAGGAGAAACAAGGUGUCCCUCAGUCGGAAGGGUGGCGGCAAUUGCCGCCGCGGCGCUGAAACUCUGGGGAAAUGGCUUCUCCCUUCAAUGGCCCCACAGCAGUUUCUGACGUAAUUAAAGAUCUAGAUGCUCAGAUCGCUCUGAUUGGCUUGGGCCCACAUAAUCUGAAAAAGAAGCAAGAUCUUGACAAGCUCUAUGACUUGAAGACUAAAGCUCAGCAGAUUAUGAACCAGUUUGGCCCAUCUACUUUGAUCAAUUUGUCCAACUUCUCCUCUGUCAAACCAGAACCAGCCAGUACUCCACCACAUAGUUCCAUGGCAAACAAUACCACCGUGGCCAAGAUGCCAGGAACCCCUAGCAGUGGGGGACGCCUCAGUCCUGAAAGCAACCAGAUCUUAACAAAGAAAAAACUGCAGGAUCUUGUCAGAGAGGUGGAUCCAAAUGAGCAAUUGGAUGAAGAUGUAGAAGAGAUGCUGCUUCAGAUUGCUGAUGACUUCAUUGAAAGCGUGGUGACAGCUGCCUGUCAACUUGCACGGCAUCGCAAGUCCAACACUUUAGAAGUGAAAGAUGUCCAGUUGCAUCUUGAGCGACAAUGGAAUAUGUGGAUCCCAGGUUUUGGCUCUGAAGAAAUUAGGCCGUAUAAAAAAGCUUGCACUACAGAAGCUCACAAACAGAGGAUGGCACUGAUCCGUAAAACAACCAAAAAAUAAUGCCUGGGAAUAGCAUGAAGACAAAAAUGACUAAGAUGGAAAUGGGUUUGCUGCAGAGUGGGAAUCUGCCUUUCAAGCUGCCAAGUUUUUGUGACAUCAUCCAUAGGAUUGUGUUUUUAAUGCUUUACAGAGAAGCAUAUACUUUAACAGUGCAGCAGUAUCUGAGUUUAAAAGGAGAUCCUCCCAAAGUCAUUAGGUCCUCCCCUUCUCUAUAUUUCUCCAAAAGAAUGCAAUGUAUCUUAAAACACAGACUUUAUUUUCUGUCUUCAAAGUGAUUUAUGUUGUAAGUGAUUGUCCAAGGGACAGAAUAUUUUGGGAACAGUAUUAGAAAUGGCUAUAGUUGUUUUUCAUUUCCCUUUUAUUGUCUGUAAUGUUGCUGGUUAUAGAUACUUUGAUUUGUUUUUGGAGUAAAGAAACUAUAAAUUUGAAACCAGGUUGUAGUAUUGACACAAGCUCCAAAAAAAACAACAACAAUGCAUAUCAGGGUGAUCUCAGACAAGGGACUGAUCAUUACAAGUAAUUCAAAACAGAUAAUUCUCCCCUGCUUUGCCUUUAUUGCUCCACAUGUAGGAGAAACAAAGUUGAAUUCUUAUAUUGCAGGCCUUUCUACCUCUAAAGAUGCAAUAGAAUCCAUCUAUGCUAGGCACAUAACAAAGGUGUAAAAGGAUAAGUUGGAAGGUGUUGACAUAGCUUUCAAGGAUGGGUGGGGUUUGUUUGUCUUUUAAUUGUGACUUCUGUUUAUUGACUAAGAAGUGCACAUUUUCAGCUGUUCACAUUUAGAGAUUUACAUAAUGGUGUGUGUGCAGUUUGCUUAUCUGUCUAGAACUGGAUAAAAAAAUCUUCAAAAUAAUCACCAGCCAUCUGCAUCAAUAAGUAUUAUAAAAUCCAAAAGCACACUUAAAAUUAAAAGCAGGGUCAGAUUGGUGGGAAAUGGACUAUUGCUUCUGGUUGUGAUGCUUGAACAAAAUCAUGCAUUAGCUAGAGUUUAAAACUUUUCCUUGUUCCUUAUUUCUGCUGGCUAAAAAAAAACCCUCCCUUCUACACACCCUUCACACUUGAUAGACUGACCUUUGACAGCAAUGGUGCAGCACUGUCAGUGAUCCAAAGUAAUGGAAGAGCCACUUAAUUGACCACCUGAAAUGUAUUCAGCGUCUAAAGUGUCUGUUAGCUUGGUGUUAAGUUAUCCAGCUGUGGCUAACUCUCCUGACUUCAUAAAACUACAACAAUAAAAGAGUAUACAAAUGUACUCUCUAUUUUGAA